ACACAACAAUUUACUGUUUAUAACAAUUUUUUAAUCAUAAAGUGUCCCAAAAAAAAAAUCCCAUUAAAUAACAGACACACCAUAUAAUUAUGACAUCCAAUGUCAGACAGGCUAUGUUUGGUGAGCAACCAGUUAAAGUGACCUGUGCCCAGUGCGGUGAUGUAACUACCAGAGCCCAGCCCGUACCCGGACUACUAAGCUAUCUAUUAGGUGGCCUGUUGUGUGCGUUUGGCUGUAUUUGCGGCUGUUGUCUAAUACCGUGUAUGUGCUGCCAAUCGGUUCAGGACGUCGACCAUAACUGUCCCAAAUGUAUGGCACUGUUGGGUCGAUACAAACGGAUAUAAUGAUAAAACAAAAAAUAAUAAAUCAAAUAAAUCAAUACAAUGUAUUGUCUAAA